UCGCACCGAGAGCAGCUCCACCUAACGGGAAGCAACGACAGCUGCUUAAUCUUUCAUUGGGGAAAAAAGGGAGUAAAGCGAGACGAAAACGUACAAAAUUGUCCUCGCCCCGAGCCAAAAUGAUUCACAGCCUGUUCCUCAUCAACGCCUCGGGGGACAUUUUCCUGGAGAAGCACUGGAAGAGCGUGGUCAGCCGCUCCGUGUGCGACUACUUCUUCGAGGCACAGGAACGGGCCUCCGAGCCGGAGAACGUCCCUCCAGUGAUCCCCACCCCGCACCACUACCUGAUCAGCGUGCUCAGGCAUCGCAUCUACUUUGUCGCCGUCAUCCAGAGCGAGGUGCCGCCGCUGUUCGUCAUCGAGUUCCUGCACAGAGUCGUCGACACCUUCCAGGAUUAUUUCGGAGUGUGUACAGAGGCUGCUAUUAAAGACAAUGUGGUAGUGGUGUAUGAGCUACUGGAGGAGAUGCUGGAUAACGGCUUCCCGCUGGCCACAGAGUCCAACAUCCUCAAAGAGCUCAUCAAGCCCCCCACCAUCCUCCGCACAAUGGUCAACACCAUCACAGGCAGCACUAACGUCGGAGAGCAGCUCCCCACAGGCCAGCUGUCCGUGGUGCCAUGGAGACGCACCGGAGUCAAAUACACCAACAACGAGGCCUACUUCGACGUGGUGGAGGAGAUCGAUGCUAUCAUCGAUAAAUCAGGCUCCACCAUUACAGCAGAAAUUCAGGGAGUUAUCGAUGCCUGUGUGAAGCUGACAGGCAUGCCCGACCUCACGCUGUCAUUCAUGAAUCCUCGGCUGCUGGAUGACGUCAGCUUUCACCCCUGCGUUCGUUUCAAGCGCUGGGAAGCCGAGCGCAUCCUCUCCUUCAUCCCCCCCGAUGGGAACUUCCGGCUGCUCUCGUACCACGUCAGCUCCCAGAACCUGGUGGCGAUCCCGGUGUACGUGAAGCACAACAUCACCUUCAGAGAGGGCAGCUCUCAGGGCCGCUUCGACCUGACUCUGGGACCCAAACAGACCAUGGGCAAGUCGGUGGAGGCGGUGCUCGUCAGCAGCCAGCUGCCCCGCGGCGUCCUGAACGCAAACCUCAACCCCUCCCAGGGAACAUACACCUUUGACCCCGUCACAAAGAUGUUGACAUGGGAUGUUGGAAAGAUCAACCCACAGAAGCUUCCCAGUCUGAAGGGCAGCAUGAGUCUGCAGGCCGGAGCCUCCAAACCUGACGAGAACCCCACCAUCAACAUCCAGCUGAAGAUCCAACAGAUGGCCAUCUCAGGGCUGAAGGUGAACCGACUGGACAUGUACGGCGAGAAGUAUAAACCCUUCAAAGGCAUCAAAUACAUGACGAAGGCUGGCAAGUUCCAGGUGCGGACAUAAAGACUGCUGCUCAGUGACUACUGGACCAAACCACCAUGAGACUGACGGGGGUGUGAUGGGGGGAGUUGGUACAUUCCCUGUGUAUAUGCAUUGCAGGAUUUGACUAAUGGGAGGCUCCAUGUAGCAGUUAGGAUGGACCGUUGCUCAAAGAAACCUCUGUUGAAGUAAAAGUGAGCUGCUUAAAGUAAUGAGUCAACAUGCGACAUAAACAUCUCCAUCAGACCCCGAUUAUUAUAUUUCUCUACUUUACAUGGCCGCGUUUUUCCACUGUUCAUUUUAAAUCCUGAGCAAACCCAAGCAGUUACAUGAGACGUUUGUUUUUUAAUACAGGCUUCAUCAAGUUUAAACGUUUCAAAGUCAAGACAGUCUGAUGCUGUGCUGUUAUAGCUGAAGGAAUCCGGUUUAAAAGCCUUUCCACACAGGAUUUCAUUUAUUUAUGGCAUGUUCCUGUGGAUAAGUGUGCUGGAGACUUGUUUUUACACUCCAAAAGUAUAUCAGAAUCGAGCCAACCCUAAAAUAAAUUGAGGAAUCAUGAGGUUUAUAUUCUGGCAGAAAACUAGUCUUUGCUGUACGAUUCAUCAAAAGCAGCGUGUGUGUUUGUAUACACAUAUUUUAUGACAUCAACACAGUAUCUGACUAACGUCUAAUGAAACUGCUCCGCUUGAGAUGACAAAUUAAUAUAUGAAACUUACAGAAAUCACAUUUUUACAUCGAGUUUUUUUCUACAUGGUUUACAGCUGAGUUUCCACUGGUGCUCAAUGAUGUCGUUUUGUUGUGCCCGCUUCUUCCUCAGUGGUAUCGUAGUCUUCUGACUGCGCAAUUGGCGCCACCUACUGCUUAUCUCCACCGACCAACUCCUUUUAGCGCCAUAAUGUCAAAAAAAGAAGCAUUAUUUGCAUUUAUUUGUGCUGGUUUGGGGGAAAUUUGGCAAAAAUGUUUGAUACAUUAUGAUGGAAACUGUUGUUCAACAACACAUCAGAGUACGUCAAAGUAAGUCGAGACACUAGAUGUGGUUGAUUGGGUGGAUAUGCUGUAACUGCGAAUACUGUAAGUUAUUCCCUAUAAAUCAGCUCACACUUCUAACAAUCAUUCAUGCAAAAAUGACCUUCCUUUUUCCCACAAAACGUGCUCCUUAUUUUUAUACGUUUCUAUGUUACUUUUCUUGGCAAUGAAAGUCUGCAGUUUUUCUUAUCGUCCUUUCCUGUCCAGUUUUCUGAUUCCUUGUCCUGCAUUUGUUUGCUUUUCUAUUUGUACUUUUGUUGUUGCAUUACUGUAAUGAUUAGUCUGCAGCACUGGAGUCAGACCACUGUCCGUCCUCCAUCAUGCACUUUCACAUCUGCCGGUUCUCACAUUUCCUUUUAACGCAGUGAUACUGUGUGUUACCGUGGAGGUUUGUGGGAGAUUUUCAGGAACACGUUCACCUGUUUUAUUGUGUUAUUUAUUAAACAAAACAGAAUAUCUACUUUCUAAAGUAAUGUCUUGUGUGUCUUGCAGCAUACUGUCACACAGCCUGAAUAAAAAGCUUUAAGUCUACAGUUUUGUAUUUAGGAUCAUAGCAGUUUUUGUCCUCAACAAAUUACACAAAUGUGGCCGUAAGAAAUAGGUUUGAUCCUGUACAUUUGGUGCUCAAAAUUCUGGUCCAAAUGAUCCAAAACAUGUUUUAAUAAUGGGCAGGUACCGCAGAAGAAAUGUUUGCAUUUUGUGUUUGCAGGAUUUUGUUUUGUGUUUGUUUAACAGCCUCCAGUGGAGUGUUAAAAUGGUGUAAAAAUAAAGAUUGAUGUGUUAUAACCGA